AUGGCUUCUCGUGGAUUACUUUGUCAGCCUGCAAAGCCAAAGCGAAUUCUGAUAUUUUUCAGUGUUGACCAGACAACGGCUGUUCUGGAGACGACAAAAGUAAAACAUGCAAUUAAAGGUGACGUGGUCCAAGAGGGAGCAACUGUGCUUGUGGAAUUCGGGAAGGAGAACUUCGAAGCAAGUGUGAUCAAGCUACAUGGUAAAUAAAAAACUAAACUUUCCCGUUCAGUUCUAACUACUGUUAGGCACUAAUAGGCAAAAUAUUCGCUUAUAUAUCAAGUUGCAAAUUCCGGUGACAGUAAACAUUUUUAUUUGGCUUUAAUCAGGGCCCUAGGGGGCUUUCCUUUCACUUGCAAGAGCAGCUGGAACACCGCUAGUAUUAUUUACAACUUAAUACAUUGCAUUUUCUUCUGUAUUAUAUAGAUGAUCCUAGCGUUCUAGUAGAAGCAGAGACGGACUUUUUAAUUCAGAUGUUUGGGAAUGAAAAUCAAGAAGUGACUGUUGACAAGGAAAAUAUGCCACCGACUACGCUGACAACUGGGAAAGAGACACAAGGAAAUAACACGAAGGCAACUUCUGUAUCGUCAAAGCCAAAGGCUCGGCCAAAGGAAGUAAGAAAACGAAUGAAAUCCAAAGAAUUAUCUGAUCAGUCAAAGGCAAAAAGACCAAAGACG